UCCGGACGCCUCGAACAGACCGCUGCCGCCGAAUUUAAAGAGACAGGCGAUAGUUAUUUUAAAACGACCAACGCCAACCAUUGUCCCCGCCGCUCGUUCCUCUGCACUUCUCGCCUCGGCUCGCUCCAAUUCGACGGCGAUGUGGGCUCCGAGUCGCGGCGAGUAGCAGCUCGUCUGUCAUCCCCCUCCACCGCGCUCCGUCCGUCCUUCCCCCUGCGCCGCCGAGGAGCCGACACUGUCCAGCCAGGCAAAGUAGAGGGCUGCUCGCUGGCUGGCAGGCGGGCAGGCAGCCUGGCUCCCCGGACCCAGAGGAAGGUUUGUCGGCUAGCCAACAACUGGAGGUAACAACAGCGGGAGCUUCCCUCUCAAGUUGUGGUCGCGGCUCCGGAGCCUCCCCGUCGCCGGGAUAAUGGCGAAGCUUCAGGCGCACAGCACCGCGAAGCAAAUAAACCAAAUUCAAGACAAGCCUUACGUGGUGACACAAAAGCAAGUGCAGCAGCAGCAGCAGCAGCAGCACUUCCAGAAGCUGAAGGUUGAAGAUGCCUUGUCAUAUCUGGACCAAGUCAAAAUACGGUUUGCGAAUGACCCCGGCAUAUACAACAAGUUUCUCGACAUCAUGAAAGAAUUCAAGUCGCAGAGCAUCGACACACCAGGAGUGAUAAACCGUGUGUCCCAGCUCUUCCAUGGACACCCUGACUUAGUGUUGGGCUUCAAUGCCUUCCUCCCACCAGGGUAUCGGAUAGAGGUCCCCAAGAAUGGGAUGGCUUUCCUCCAGUCUCCGUUCUCUACACAAGUAUCCCCGGGCCAGCAGGGGAAGAGUCUCACCACCCCUGCAGUGCCUGCAACCUCAGGUAGUGCCUCUGCCACCAACGUUGAAGCUGGACCCGCCCAGAACAGCGAGGUCAAGGCUGCCUCAUCCGAGUCCCUACCCUCUUCAACCUCAGCAGGACCCACAGAGCCCUCUAGCAGGCUCUCUCUUCCGCUGACAAGCAGAGAGAGUCAGAAUCAGGCCACCACCUCUUCUGUGUCCCCGCCCGCCUCAGAGACCAGCCCUGUGGAGUUUGACAGUGCCAUCAGCUACGUAAACAAGAUCAAAAACCGCUUUCUGGAUCACCCAGAGAUCUACAGAGCCUUCCUAGAGAUUCUUCACACAUAUCAGAAGGAACAGCUGGAGGUGAAGGAGAGUCGAGGCAGCCGAGGCAGCAGCGGCAUGACGGAAGACGAGGUGUUUUCUAAAGUCGCCAGUCUCUUUAAGGGACAAGAAGACCUGCUGGCUGAGUUUGGACAAUUCCUGCCUGACGCCAAGAGAUCACUGUUCACAGGGAGCUCAUUGACUGGGGGGAAAGAGCAGCUGAAAAGGCCGGAGGAAGACGAUGCGUUAACCAAACAGAACAAAAAGAGGCCCAGACCCAUCCUACUGCAGCACAUGUCCCCACUGCUGAAGAAAAAAAUGAAGUAUUCCUGUACCAAAGAUCAGUCCUUUGCCUCAGUUGGCAAGCACGGAGUUUUAAGAGAAUUCUCCUUCUUUGAUAAGGUUCGCCGCCUGUUUAAAAGCCAGGAAGUGUACGAGAACUUCCUGCGCUGCAUCGCCUUGUUUAACCAGGAAGUAGUUUCAGGAGCAGAGCUGCUUCAGCUAGUCACUCCUUUCCUGGGGAAGUUUCCUGAACUGUACACCCAGUUCAAGUCAUUUCUCGGGGACAAAGAGCUCUCUCAUGCUGUGUCAGGGCUGUCGGAUCGCUACAUGGAGGGGGGAGGGGGCAGGGAGGUGGAUUAUGCCUCCUGCAAGCGCCUGGGUUCUAGCUAUAGAGCACUGCCCAAGACCUACCAGCAACCUAAGUGCAGCGGGCGCACUGCACUGUGCAAGGAGGUGUUGAAUGACACAUGGGUGUCCUUCCCCUCCUGGUCUGAGGACUCCACCUUCGUCAGCUCGAAGAAAACUCCAUAUGAGGAGCAGUUGCACCGCUGCGAGGAUGAACGAUUUGAGUUGGAUGUGGUUCUUGAGACAAACUUGGCCACCAUCCGGGUGCUAGAGAGCGUCCAGAAGAAGCUGUCCCGCCUUUCACCGGAGGACCAGGAACGAUUCAGAUUAGACGACUGCCUGGGCGGCACCUCUGAGGUCAUCCAGCGUCGAGCUGUGUAUCGUAUCUAUGGCGAUAAAUCCCCUGAGAUCAUUGAGGGACUGAAGAGGAGUCCUGCCACCGCUGUGCCUGUGGUGCUCAAGAGGUUGAAAGCCAAGGAAGAGGAGUGGAGAGAGGCCCAACAGGGUUUCAAUAAGAUAUGGAGGGAGCAGUACGAGAAGGCCUACCUGAAGUCCCUCGACCACCAAGGAGUCAACUUCAAACAGAAUGACAUGAAGGCCCUGCGGUCAAAGAGCCUUCUCAAUGAGAUUGAGAGCGUCUAUGAUGAGCGUCAGGAGCAGAGCACAGAAGAAGGUGGCAUCGGUCAGCAGGGACGUAACGGCUCUGGUUCUGCCGCAUCCAGCGAGCCUCACAUGGUGUUCACGUAUGAGGACAAGCAGAUCCUGGAGGACGCCGCCUCACUAAUCAUCUACCACGUCAAACGGCAACCCACCAUCCACAAAGACGACAAGGACCACAUCAAGCGCAUCAUCCAGCACUUUGUCCCCGACCUGUUCUUCUCUCGCCGCGGUGAGCUCAGUGAUACUGAAGAAUGGACAGAUGAGGAGGCUGAGCCUGAAGACGGAGGAGAGGGAGAAGGGGGAGAGAGGGGAGACAGGGGAGAGAGGGUAGAGAGAGGAGACAGGGGAGAGAGAGGAGAGAGAGGCGAAAGAGGAGAGAGGGGAAGAUCAGCAGCAGUCCCAGUGCUAGGAGGAGCAGGAGGAAAUGGUAAUUCUAACAAUGCAUCAGGAGCAGCACCAGCCACAGGUAGUCAAUCUCAACCCCAACCUGCCCAGCCACAGCCCCAGGCACAACUCCAGCAGCAGCUCAAUGGCGAGUCCAGGCGAAGGCGCUGCAGCCCGUCCCAACCUGCGGAACCAGAGGCCUCCACCACCUCCAGUAGCAUGAGUCAGGUGCCAGGGACCACCACAUCCACCCCUGUAUCUACUCCUAUGGAGAUGGGCUCUGGUACAGCCGGGGAGAAGGUGGACCUGCGCGACCCUGAAGCGGAGCACCAGAAGGAGCUGGACGGUGUCUACAACCUGUUCUUCGUCAACAACAACUGGUAUUUCUUCUUGCGGCUGCACCAGACUCUGUGUACGCGGCUGCUGAAGGUGUACAGACAGGCUGAGCGGCAGCUGCUGGAGCACAGAGCUGAGCAGAGCAGAGAGAGGCUGCUGAUGGCGGAGGGACGGAGGGAAAAAGCAUGUGACCUGGCCAUGGAGCUCCGCCUCAAACCGCCCAGCGAGGUGGAGUUGGAGGAGUAUUACCCGGCCUUCCUGGACAUGGUGCGCAGUCUGCUGGAUGGAAACCUGGACUCCAACCAGUACGAAGACACGCUGAGAGAGAUGUUCACUAUCCACGCCUACAUCGGCUUCACCAUCGACAAGGUCAUCCACAACAUCAUUCGACAGCUGCAGCACCUGGUGAGCGACGAGGUUUGUCUGCAGGUGGUUGAUCUUUACUUGGCUGAGAGGAAGCGGGGGGCAGCAGGGGGGAACCUCUCCUCUCAGUGUGUCAGAGCGGCUUGGGAGACGAGCCACCAGUGGAAAGCUGAGAGAGUCAUGGCUGAGGAGAACUGCUUCAAGGUGAUGUUUAUCCAAAACAAGGGUCAUGUGACGAUGACCAUUGAGCUGCUGGACACUGAGGAGGCCCAGGCUGACGACCCGUUGGAUGUACAGUGCCUGUCGAGCUACAUGGAGCAGUUUGUAGGAGCAGAGUCUAGUCUGUGCUCACAAGCAGACGGCUACUUCUUCAAACCUGUAUUUCUGCCCAGGAACCUGCGGCGGUUCCGUCGCUGGCAGGUGCGGCAGGUGGAGGCGAUGCGCUGCAGGAGAGAGUGGCACCGCCAGCUGGGCGUGGAAAACGCUGGCAGUUUGGACUGUCGCUUUAAACUCAACACUCACAAGAUGGUGUUUGUCAUGAACUCUGAGGACUACAUGUACCGCAGAGGAGCGCUGGUCAAGUCCAGGAAGUCGCAGCACAGAGUGGCAGCGACCCAGCACGAUCGCUUUGACAAGUGGCACCAGGGCUGGCUGGCCGAUCACGUGACUGCCUCGGCUGAGCGCUCGGUGCAGAACUGGCUGAUGGGCGAGGAGGAGGAGGACAUGAUCCCCUGCAAGACCACCUGCCUGUCGACCGAGGUGAAAGGCCAAGCCGUCAACAGAUACCAAGUUCAUUACAGCAGUAGCAAAGCCCCGGCCUCACCGUAGAGGCCUGCGCAGAGUUGGACGUGCAGUACACACACUCACACACACACACACACACACGCAUACAUACAGGUAAAUGCAUGGACUUACAGGACAUUUAUACACUAAACACAGACAUGAACAGCUGCAUUCACACUUCUCCACAACAUGUUCGCUCACUCACUUCCACUCACAGAUGAAGAAACUAUCAGAAGAAAACCGAGUGAAAGAGUGAGAGGAGAAGUGAUGUGGAGAAAUGGACCAACACACAGACAGUGCAGUAAUAAUCAGUGGGAGUAAAACUCGGCCCCGAUGGACGGGCCGAGACGGACACGACAGCACAAACGGAGAUCGUCUUUCCUCAUCCCUCUGACUCCUCUGCUGGCACGCAGCAGCAGCAGCAGUCGAUGGGACAGAGACGGUCGAUCAGGCGAGAAGUUCUGAGAUCAUGACAUUUGUUUUCAGAAAUGUGAAUGUCUGUUUAUUUUUGUUUAUUUUUUUCCUUUUUUUAAGUCAAGUGUAGUUUUUAGCUUCUAAAGCCAGAGAGCCUUCUGCUUGUUGGUUGAUUUAUGCGUGUUUAUAUGGAGAGAUAAUGGUAAACGUGUGUAUGUAUGUGUAUCCAGCUCUUCAUUUUGUCUGUUUGUAUGCCCAGUACAGGCUCUACAACUCCAGUAAUUGCAUUAUUACUGUAUGUGCAUAUAUAUACAACAGGGAUCCUGUAUUUUUAUAUAUGCAUCUACUCGAGUUAAUUGAUACAUCUGAAGAUCAUGUGGUUCUUUACAGUGUUUGCUGUCGGCCAACUCUAGAUGUUUGCAGUCUGUUUCUUUUUUGUAUCUUUUAUUUUCCCCUUUUUUGUGUUGUAGAGAUACGAGUUAUCACCAGGGUAACAAGGAGUCCUUAAAAAUAAUUGGUUUAAUAUUGAUGAAGCAGUCAAACUAUGUAUCAUAUUCCUGAUUUCACCAAAUGUUUACUUUGCAUCGUCUUCUCUUUUUUUUUUUUGCAUACUGACAUUGAAAAUAAAAGCAAAAUAUCAGUGUUAAAAUAGAAUGUAUAACAUUUAUCCUGUAUCAGUUAUCAUAAAAUAAACAACCUAGUUGUGACCUUCUUA